AUGCUCUCUCAGAAGGUCGCCCAACAGUCGCUGCGACGGCUUGCCGUCCAGCAGCCCUACGCCAUGCGCUGGACUCUCAUGAACGCCGCCUCCCCCGCCGCCGUUGCCAUGGGCAGGAACGUCCAGAUGAUUCAGACUAGAUUCGCCGCCACCAACACGAAAACCAGCGAUCCCACCAAGAUCCUCGCCGAGCAGCGUCUCCGCCGCCCCGUCGCCCCUCACCUCACCAUCUACCGCCCCCAAAUCACCUGGCUGAUGAGUGGUCUGAACCGAAUCACCGGCUUGAUGCUCUCUGGCCCCCUCUACCUAUUCGCAACCGCCUACCUCGCUGCGCCCCUGUUCGGCUGGCACCUCGAGUCCGCGUCUCUGGCCGCUGCGUUCGCUGCCCUCCCGCUCGCCGCGCAGCUCAGCUUCAAGACCUUCUUCGCGCUCCCCUUCACCUACCACUCAUUCAACGGGCUUCGACACUUGAUGUGGGAUGCUGGUCGUGGUAUCACCAACAAGCAGGUUAUCCAGACUGGCUGGGCGGUUGUUGGUGUUAGCGUUGUCAGCGCUCUUUGGCUUGCUUUCCUGUGA